UAGUCUGUAUCAGCUAAGCACAUCUUUUAAAAAUAUCUCUCAAAUGCAAAGAAAAAGGGAUCCUCUCCUUUGGAGCAGCUUCCUAGACCAGAACUAUUCAAGAGAUUUUCACGUGAAUCUAUCGUCUUAAACCAACAGAUUCCUAAAUAAUCUAUCAAAGAAGAAGAAUAAGAACAAGUUAUUGCAAAAAUUGAAUAAGACGACCAUGAAAGAAGCUUCUAAAAUCCCAAAAAUGCCAUUCGAACAGAUCCGGCUAACCAUUUGCAAAAAGUCCUGUGAGAUUAAUGAACUUGAUACUCACGAAGGUUGACAUGUUAUAAUGCCCAAAGGAUUAGGGCGGAAACGAAAUAGUAUAACCGACCUCAACAAGACCUUUGAAGGGAAGCCUCCCAAGUUAGGUAUUUUCAGAGGAAGUUCAGUCCCACUUGAUUACAGUAAGAUCAUCCUCAAGAACUCUAAAAUGAAGCUAUUCACUGAAGGUGAUGAUGAUGAGUUAUCUUCAUGUGCUCCAAAUCUUAGAAUCAUGAUCAGGAAUUCAGAGAUUAUUAGUUACUACAAGAAAGGCUCUAAAUUGAUGGGAAAUGACCCUGAGAAAACUCCUGAAGCCACUCCUACAUUCUCGUUAGACUCUCCUCAUUAUUGGAAUAGGUAGGAUAGUGUUUUGAAUCGGUAUCAGGAUUAAAAAUAUUAUAGAUAUUUGUUAUUCA